GACACUUCCGGUGGUAGCAGAAUUUGGCGCCUUGCGCAAGAUAAAGUGGGUGUGGUCAGGUUUUGUAAUUGGCUGUUCUUGGCAUGAGUUCGCUGUUUUCUGUGUUUCGUAACUGGCGCGUGCCCGGGAUUGUUUGCGAUCUGGCAUGGAUGUUGCAAUUUCGCGGACCUUCUACACAGACUGCAGAUAAAUUCUGUUCCUGUUUCCCACGUUCCUUUUUCAGACAUAAUUGAUAAUUCCUCAGACAUGAAUGCAAGGAUACGGAAAUCCUUAACACAGCAUCUGGCUCGGGCGUUUUAACUAGUGACGGGUAAACCGUGAGAUAUCGGUGAAGACGGAAACAGCGCUUGACUUGAUUAUUUUUGGAUCGCCCGAUCGUCUACACGGAUACCGUGCUUUUGUGGGAUUCCGAGAUUGGGAUACGAUUUUGACAUAAUGUCGGAAGCAAGAAAAACAAAUGGUGCCGCAGUGCCGGCCCAGAAAACAUUUGACGACGUGUUUGACGUUGUGGGUUCUUUCGGAAGGUACCAGAUUCUAAUCGUUGUUUUUGUCAUAAUCCCUAUAAUUCUACCAUCGGGAUUUUUAGCGCAGACAUCGGUUUUCUUCGCGGCCGUCCCUAACUAUGCUUGUGCAGCCCCGCAUAAUUUUUCCUGGAAGUCAGGCCAGAGGUAUUCGUGGUAUCUGGAGGACAAUGAAACAGCGCCCGUGUUGUGGUUUCAGAACCACACCAAAGGCCAAAGUUGUCAUACAGUCCGCUUAAACGCCACUGAUGUUGAGUUGCCGAUCACAUGGAAUGGAACGGAUGAAAAUGUUUGGAACAAUGUAUCUUUGCCGAUGAAAGACAGGAUUACCGAAGCAUGCUCCGAAUACCGAUAUAAUCGCAGUAUUUAUCAGGAAACUAUUGUUUCGGAAUGGAAUCUGGUAUGCAGCCGGCGCUAUAUGAUGAUUUGGUCGUAUACCAUUUUCGUCGUCGGGGGAGUCAUUGGACCGCUGUUUUGGGGGUAUUUGGCAGAUCGCAUUGGCCGCAAGAAGGGUUUUUAUCUCUGCGCAGUGUUCCAGAGUGCAGCGACUAUUUUAACGGGGUUUUCGCCUAAUUAUGUCACUUACAUGAUUUGCCGCCUAUUGGUUGGCAUGACAUCUUCGGCAUCUUAUACCAUACCUUUUGUUCUGACCCUGGAAAUUGUUGGUCGGGAGAAGCGAGCUCCUCUAGCUGUGGUCUUGUCCUUUACGUACAGCUGUGGCUGUCUGUUGUUUAUUGGGAUGGCGUAUUUUAUAAGGGAAUGGCGGAUGUUAGCUGGAGUCUCAUCGCUUAUCGCUACCGUCCUCUAUAUUGCACCGUUUUAUUUUUUUCCGGAAUCUCCAAGGUGGCUUUUGGCGAAAGGCAGAUAUACGGAACUGGAAGAAUUUCUCAAAAAGGUUGCCAAGAUUAAUCGACGCCCUAUGACGAUGCAUUUUGCUAGCCUCCUUCCGCAGCAAGUGCGUGGUGUCGAUCGUGAGGACCAUACUAAGAAGCAUUCUCCAUUGGAUCUUUUUCGUACUCCGAAUAUGCGCAUCAAAACUCUGACUCUAAUGCUUAUCAACACCUGCAAUAAAGGUGUCUCUCUGGGAUUGAAUUACUAUGCUCCGUUGUUUGCGCAGGGCAGCCCGCAUUUCACCGCAUUUCUCAACACAUCUGUAGAAUUCUUUCCCUAUUUAUUCGCGAAAACAGCAUUUCAACGUUUGGGUCGCAGGACGUCUUUAUUUCUUGGGUUGUUUAUAUGCAGUAUGGCAUGUUUGGGAACGAAUGUUGUUCCUUCCGGUUACGCAGCAGUGGUGACGGCUCUUACACUGAUUGCCAAACUGUGCAUAACCUUUACGUAUUUGAAUGGGAAAUUAUUCGAAGACGAAACGUUUCCCACUGUGAUCCGUAGCGAGGGGCACUCAACGGUCAGCCUGACAUCCGCCAUGUUAUCAUGCGGUGUGCCAUGGAUUGUUAUUAGUCUUGGUGAUGAAGUGAAAACAUUACCGUUGUUGGUUUUUGGAUCAUUGACUAUAGUGGGAUCGUUUUCUACGUUUUUGUUACCGGAAACAGUUCAUCAGCGCCUGCCACAGACUCUCGAGGAUGGUGAAGAGUUUGGGAAGAAUAUGACAUUGAAGGAGCGCUUUCGUUUGUUGCCUAGACCUAAACCAAAGCCCGUUCUAGCAGUUCCUGAAGACGAGGAGGAAUUGGAAACCUUGAAAUCUCCCGUGAAAGAAUCUUCAAACCGGUUGUGAUCUUUUUAAUGUGUUCCCUGAUGACCUUCUUAUAAUCCCGUCCGUUUGAAUGAUGACUUUGAAUUGUGAUCAUCCUUGUUUGCUAUUUUGACUGAUCUCCCAGUCAGUGUUGUUGUGGUGUGUUGUUAAUGUUAACUGUUUUUGUGUAGCGUUCGUUAAUCGUGCAUGCCGUACGUAAGUUCGCAGUUAAUCACUGUAUAUCGGUUUGACCUGCUCCUCCAGUGAGCCAGUGGUACUUUUGAUACUAUUUAUGCAACUCAGGUAGUUCAGUUUUAUUUUAGAAUGCAGUACCGAUGUUAAUUUAGUUUUGCUAGCGUUGUUAUUUAUUGUUAGCUGUUAUAAAAAAUUGGUUAAUGA